AUGUAUCGCGGUACUUUCUGCAUUCUGCAGGUGUGGCGCGCCGUCAAGUCCGUGAGGAGCUGGAGCCUCAGCGACUGGAGCUCGUUUGCAGCAGUUCUCUGUGCCAUCGACUGUACCGUGCUGCCCGCUCUUGCGGCGGUCCUGCCAGUCCUUGGCUUUAUUGGUGACACAGACGGUGCUCACGAACACAUCCACUAUUACUCAGAUAUGGCUGCCUUCUACGUCGUUCUGCCCCUUGGUUUCAUCACACUCAUGACUAAUUAUCUGCAGCAUCGACGAACACUUCUUCUUCUGUGGGGCCUCACCGGUCUCUCGAUUGUUUUCGUCGCGCAUUCGCACCACAGCAUCCCCUUACCCCACUGGCUACAUGACAUCGUCCAUGACCACGCCGUAGUCGGUGUCCUGGGGUCGGCUGCAUUGAUUUCGAGUAACUACUUCUCCCAUAGAGCCAUCCACAGUCACGACACCCCAGGCUCACGCGCCACGUGCUGCGAAAUGAAGGGUCGUUGCGUUGCAAAGGCCGAUGACAUAGACGAUGUUGGAGGCUUCGGUUCCCAAACUAAAGUGAAAUGA